AUGAGCUGUUCUAUAUGCUCACGUGCUCCUCAUCCUCACCUUCCAUUCCACUGCUCGACAUGCGCUCGCAGCCAGCUAUAUCACCUGCGAGUCGAAGGCACCCGAGUGUUGCUAGAGAAGGAGGCUCUUGGGAAACAGAUUGAGACUGUGGUUGCUCAGGAUAGUGGCCAGGAGGAGCAGUCAUCUCAGCAGCAGUCACUUUCUGCGGAUAAUAAUCUCCCGUCCCGAUGGGUUCUCCUGGCGACAAACAGCCACUAUGCGGAAUCUCUGGCCAGGAGGGAAUCUCUCACUAUACAACUCGAUACUUUACGAGCUGAGUCUCGGGCGAAAAAAUCAGAGAUUGCUCAGCGCAAAGAAACUUUAGCCCGCAGACGCUCGGAUGCAGAGUCUGCCAGAUAUCAGAUCAGUGAGCGAGAAGCUGGUGCCCUGGCAGGUGUCCAAAACACCAGCAAGCGGGUAGAGCAUGUAUGGCACAACCUUCACAACAAAACGGCAGAGUCUCGAAUCUACCUCUGUCGGGAAGUGGCCAACCUCUAUGGCUUGCGAAAAGUCACGAAAAAGGGCCAAGACCGGGACAGCUACGUACUUGGCGGGGACCAUGUCGUGGACCUGAGGGAGAUGAAUGGUCUCUCCCAAGAGCAAAUAUCUACGUCUCUUUCCAACAUUGCCCACCUUCUGAUGAUAGUCUCGCAUUAUUUGUCCCUCAGGCUGCCUGCCGAAAUCACCCUCCCCCAUCGUAACUACCCCGUUCCCACAAUAUAUACCCCCUCAGCGUCGUAUCGCUCGCGCGAUUCCCAUGCCAGGUUCGAUUAUCCGUCGAGCCCAGCGGCAUCAAGAACGUUGGACCCGCGGGUUCACACCCCACGUCCACGUCCCCUUUCCAUUGGGAAACCGUUGCCCAAGCUGGCCAAAGAAGAUUUUGCAACAUAUACCCUAUUCCUUGAAGGGGCCACUCUCCUAGCAUGGAAUGUGGCAUGGCUCUGCCGAACGCAGGGAAUUGGGAUCUCCUCUGACUCCUGGGAGGAAGUUUGCGACAUUGGCAAGAACCUGUGGCAACUCCUGGUGGCACCACCCGCCCAUCCCUCCACCCUCAUGCGAGCUUUCGCUGGUCGAGACACGCAAGCACAGGUGAAACCUGGCAAAGACUCGCCCCGAACUACCAUCCAACGAACAACCUCAUUUGCCAUGCUCGGCCACUAUUCUCAUGGGACUGCACAUUCUUUCUUGGGGGCCUCGGAAGGGGUCGACUUCAUGCGAAUGUGGAAGCUUCCUACGCCCACCAAGAUCGCGGACAAACUCAAAUCGAAUCUCCUGGGUGAGAUGGCCAGUGCGGAAUGGGAACUACUCGAGGAAAAAGAAUGGGGCGAUGCGGCUACAGAAUCUCCCCACACCGUUUCGCAGCCCUCAAAAUCCCGUAUACCAGGCUCUUCGCUUGGAUCUAAGACAAUUGACAGUGUCGGCAAAAGUCCCAGUUCCAGAAGCAGAACCAAUUCUGUCAAAGAUUCAGAAGCUUCUGCAUCAGACCGGCCUAAAGGCAAAGGUACCAAGGGAUGGACCAAGGUGGGAAAUAGGUAG